UAUAUUUAUAUAUUUAUUCUAAAUAAAACAAUAUGGAUAUAGAAAUUUUAUCAAAUUAUUUGGACACAUACCGUGGACGAGAUAAAAUUUUAAGUACUUUAUCAUACAUAGCAAAAUUAACUACUGUGGCUGCUACAUCUGAAACAACAGAAAACAAAUUGAAAAUAUUUAGUAGUAAAAUGAGCGAGUGUAGAGUAGCCUUACGUUUAUUAGAUGAUUUACCAAUGUUUCAUUCUGCAACAAAAUAUAAAUGGGGAAAACAGGAAUCUGAUUGGUUUAUUAGAAGUAUAGAACUGAUACAAAUUGGCGUAAAUAUGAUUUUUUGUCCUAUAGAACAUAUCUGCUGGGCUGGAGAUAAUAAAAUUGUAUCGCUUAAUUCUAAACUAUGGAAUAACAUUAUUAUAUGGUUUUGGGUAGUGUCUCUCCAUCUUUCUUUAACAAAAUCAUUAAGAAAAAUAAGUCAAUUAAAGUUAAACAAAUCUCAAGGAAAUGAAACGUGUAAAAAUUCAAACGAAGCAAACAAGAGUAUCAAUCGUGAUAUUCAAGAAGAAUUACUAACAUGUUUAUGCUUAUUAUUGGACAUAAUUUAUGCUGUUAAUUAUCUUCCAAGUGGUGUACUUUGGGGAGGAUAUUUAAAAACGUGGCAUGUUGGAGCACUCGGUACUAUAUCAUGUUGUAUUUCUGUUUAUAGAGCAUUGCACCAAAAAGUAAUGCAAAAAAAGAAAUUAUAACGAUAAAAAUAUCGAUUAUAUUCAUAAUGAAUUUAUAAAUUUGUAUAAAGAUAUGUAAUUAGAUGUAUUAUAAUGGAAAUAUUAAUAUAAAAAAUGUUUUUUAAUGAACUAAAAAAUAAA